AUGACAUUAUCUCAUCCUAGCACUGACAAUCCUCGGUCCACGCGCUCGACACCAUUGACAGACUUGAAGGACAUUUUGAUCUUUUUGGAUGGGACGGGAAAGGAUGGAGCUUUGGACUCAGGAAACAGCCAUCCAACAACCAAUGUCUGGCAGCUUUAUUUAAUGGCAGAAUCGAUUGAUAGCGGGCAUCUCAAACGCAAGCGGAUAUCUCUCUACAUUCCAGGUCUUCGUCUUGAGUUGACCAACACUGGUCGAAGCUUUCUUGAAAAGUGGAGAUUAUGUGAAAGACCGCUCUCAUGGAUUCCAUCGGAGGAGCCUCCCAAAACUCCGAUUGCUGUGGAAUGCAUUGGCGUCUGGGAUACCGUCGGCGCUGUUUACAACCCGGUAUUCCGCUUGAAGCAAAAUAUCAUAGGGACGCCCGAUGACGAGCAAGUGACUCCAGGUAUAAAGUUUAAACCUUCUCUUUAA